AUGAGUCGUCAGCUGAGCUGCAAACCCGGCGCCGAGAGGGGAGACUUGAGCUCGCUCUCGGCCGUUCUGGCCCGCAAAGGAGGCUCGUACCGGGCCGGGCCCAAGGCUGCGGGGGCGGCGGGGGUCGUGGGCGGCUUCGGCAGCCGGAGCCUGUACAGCCUGGGCGGGACCCGCAGCAUCUCGGUCAACGUGGCCGGCGGCGGCGCCCGCAGCUCGGGCUACGGGUUCGGCGCGGGGACUGGGGGCUACUGGCCGGUCCGGGGCCGGGCCAGCGGCUUCGCGGGCAGCAUGUUCGGCAGCGUGGCGCUGGGGCCCGCCUGCCCAUCCUCCUGCCCCCCCGGCGGCAUCCACCCGGUGACCGUCAACCAGAGCCUCCUGCAGCCGCUGGACGUCAAGGUCGACCCCGAGAUCCAGAAGGUGCGGACUCAGGAGCGCGAGCAGAUCAAGGUCCUCAACAACAAGUUCGCCUCCUUCAUCGACAAGGUGCGGUUCCUGGAGCAACAGAACCAGGUGCUGGAGACCAAAUGGGAGCUGCUGCAGCAGCUCGAUCUGAACAACUGCAAGAAAAAUUUAGAACCCAUUUUCGAGGGCUACAUUGGCAACCUGCACCGACAGCUGGAGGGCCUGAGUGGAGACCGUGUGCGGCUGGACUCGGAGCUCCGCAGUGUGCGGGACCUGGUGGAGGACUUCAAGAAGAGGUACGAGCUGGAAAUCAACAGGCGAACGGAGGCAGAAAAUCAGUUCGUACUUCUCAAGAAGGACGCUGAUGCCGCCUACACAGUCAAGGUGGAGUUGCAGGCCAAAGUGGACUCGUUGGACAAGGAAAUCAAGUUCCUCAAGUGUCUGUAUGAUGCGGAAAUCGCCCAGAUCCAGACCCACGUCAGUGAAACCUCCGUCAUCCUGUCCAUGGACAACAACCGCGACCUGGACCUGGACAGCAUCAUCGAGGAAGUGAGGAGCCAAUAUGAAGACAUCGCACUCAAGAGCAAGUCAGAGGCCGAGGCCCUGUAUCAGAGCAAGAUCCAGGAGUUGCAGUUGGCAGCCAACCGGCACGGGGAUGAUCUAAAACACACCAAGAACGAGAUUUCAGAACUGAACCGCUUCAUCCAGCGGAUCCGCUGCGAGGUCACCAACGUGAGGAAGCAGUGUGCCAACCUGGAGACGGCCAUCGCCGAUGCGGAGCAGCGCGGGGACUGUGCCCUGAAGGAUGCCCGGGCCAAGCUGGACGAUUUGGAGGGCGCCCUGCACAGCGCCAAGGAAGAGCUAGCCCGGCUGCUGCGCGAUUACCAGGAGCUGAUGAGCGUCAAGCUGGCACUGGACGUGGAGAUCGCCACCUACCGGAAACUGCUGGAGGGCGAGGAAUGCAGGAUGUCUGGAGAGAAUCCAUCUUCCGUGAGCAUUUCUGUGUCCUGGGCCUCUCUCCUCUCAGCGGUCAUCAGCAGCGGCGGCGGCGGUUACGGCUAUCGCCCCAGCGCCGUCAGCGGUGGCUACUCAGCGAGUCUCGCGGGUAGCCAGGCCGGCGGGGCCCGCGGCGGAGACGCCAAGGUCAAGGCGCCCAGUACUAGUGAGCCAAAGGACGUGCCGGUGAAGACGGCGACCGGCGGGGGCUCUCCGGCCAAGAAGACGUUGAGAUAAGGACCCGGAGUGGCCCCAGACAAAGGAAUCGGUUUCUCGAAUGCCUGCUACGAAAGCCACCUCCCGCCUCGGACGCACCUUUCCUCCUUUCCGCGCCCCCGAGGCCGAAGGCGGCGGCCUCUCUCGCGUCCACCCUGUCUCCUCUCCUCCUUUCCAGAUCCUCCCCGCCCCCGACCUCCAACGCGCGGGGGUCUUCCGCGGACUUUCCCUGAGACGAAUCUGCGGGUCCCCCGGGACCGUGGGUCACUCGGGAUUAGGGAUUCUGAGCUCUUAGUGUACAUAGU